UUUAUAAAAGGCAACCUUUCUCACAGACUUGCAUUCACCCCCUCGGUUCGCCCUUUCAGUAUUUCUCUUUUUCUUGAAUAAGUGGAUUCAAUUUCAUCCUAAAAGAAGAAAGGAAUUCCUUCAGUAUUUGCUAUUGGUGAAGAAGCAAAGUAAAAGAAAAUGUGGAAGCUGAAGAUAGCAGAAGAUGGUCCAUGGCUAAGCACAGUGAACAAUCACAUUGGAAGACAGCAUUGGGAGUUCGACCCAGAUGCAGGAAGCCCCGAAGAACGAGCCCAUGUGGAGAACCUUCGUCUUCAAUUCACCAACAAUCGAUUUCGACUCAAACAAAGUUCUGAUCUCUUAAUGAGAAUGCAGCUUAGGAAAGAAAAUCCAUGCGGGCCGAUUCCACUGGCGGUGAAAGUGGAGGAGGAUGAGGAGGUGUUGGAGGAAGGCAUAACAAUUACACUGAGAAGGGCUAUCAGCUUCUAUUCUUCUCUUCAAGCUCAUGAUGGUCACUGGCCUGCUGAAAACGCUGGUCCUUUGUUCUUCCUCCCCCCUUUGGUAAUGUCGCUGUAUGUUAUUGGGAACCUCAAUGCAGUAUUAUCUCUUGAACAUCAGAAAGAAAUCAUUCGUUACAUCUAUAAUCAUCAGAAUGAAGAUGGAGGUUGGGGACUACACAUUGAGGGUCAUAGUACAAUGUUUGGAACAGCAUUAAGCUAUAUUACCUUAAGGUUGCUGGGAGAGGGGCUUGAAGAUGGUGAGGAAAUGGCUGUUUCUAAAGGUCGAAAAUGGAUACUUGACCAUGGUGGUCUAGUGGCGAUUCCGUCUUGGGGAAAGUUCUGGGUCACGGUACUUGGAGUGUAUGAAUGGGCCGGUUGCAAUCCUAUGCCUCCAGAAUUUUGGCUUCUACCUAACCUCUUUCCAAUCCAUCCAGGCAAAAUGUUAUGUUACUGUCGAUUAGUUUACAUGCCAAUGUCAUACUUAUAUGGGAAGAGAUUUGUUGGUCAAAUCACUAGUUUGAUUAAACAAAUAAGGCAAGAGCUAUACAAUCAACCUUACCAUGAAAUAAAUUGGAAUGCAGCUCGAAACACUGUUGCCAAGGAGGAUCUUUACUAUCCACAUCCUCCUAUUCAAGAUCUGACAUGGGGUCUUCUCUACCAUGUUGGCGAACCAUUAUUAACACGAUGGCCAUUCUCUAUGUUGAGAGAUAAGGCAAUGAAAGUUGCGAUCCAACAUGUACAUUAUGAAGAUGAGAACAGCAGAUACCUCUGUAUUGGAUGUGUAGAAAAGGUAUUAUGUCUAAUAGCCUGUUGGGUUGAAGACCCAAACUCAGAAGCAUAUAAGCGUCACUUAGCAAGAUUGCCAGAUUACUAUUGGAUUGCAGAAGAUGGAUUGAAAAUGCAGACUUUCGGCUGUCAAAUGUGGGAUGCAGCUUUUGCUAUUCAGGCUAUCAUGUCGAGUGAUCUAAGUGAGGAAUAUGGUCCAACUCUUCGCAAGGCACAUGACUUUGUAAAAGCUUCACAGGUACGAGAAAACCCUUCGGGAAACUUCUCAGCUAUGUACCGACAUAUAUCAAAAGGUUCAUGGACUUUCUCUACACAAGAUCAUGGCUGGCAAGUCUCUGAUUGUACUGCAGAAGGGUUAAAGUGUUCACUUUUGUUUUCACAAAUGCCAACUAACCUUGUUGGAGAAAAACUGGAAACUGGACGAUUCUACGAUGCUGUUAAUGUCAUACUUUCCCUACAAAGCAACAAUGGCGGUUUUCCGGCCUGGGAGCCUCAAAGAGCUUAUGGUUGGCUAGAGAAAUUCAAUCCUACUGAGUUCUUUGAAGACACUCUCAUAGAAAGAGAGUAUGUAGAAUGUACUUCUUCAGCAAUUCAAGCUCUUUCACUCUUUCGAAAACUACAUCCCAAGCAUCGAAGGGUCGACAUCGAUCGUUGCAUAGCAAGGGGGGCUCAAUACAUUGAAGAUACACAAAAUCCAGAUGGUUCAUGGUAUGGUUGUUGGGGAAUUUGCUAUACUUAUGGAACAUGGUUUGCAGUGGAAGGGUUGGCAGCCUGCGGUAAAAACUACCACAACAGUCCUUCAAUACGCAAAGCUUGUGAGUUUUUAUUGUCAAAGCAGUUGCAGAACGGUGGAUGGGGGGAGAGCUACCUCUCUAGCCAAAACAAGGUAUAUACCAACUUGGAGGGAAAUCGUGCAAAUUUAGUCCAAACAGCAUGGGCAUUGUUAUCCCUCAUUGAUGCCGGACAGGCUGAUGUGGAUCCUACACCAAUUCAUCGUGGAAUAAAGGUCCUGAUUAAUUCACAGAUGGAAGAUGGCGACUUCCCUCAACAGGAAAUUACAGGAGUAUUUAUGAGAAAUUGCUCACUGCAUUACUCCUCAUUCCGAAACAUCUUUCCAAUAUGGGCGCUUGGAGAAUAUCGUCGGCAGAUUCUAUUUGCAUGA